GGGAAGUUUGGGAUCCGGUGCCCAGGAAGUUCCCCUGGGUUGUGAAGCAAGGCUUUCCGGGCGCUCUGCCGCAACAGAUAAAGGUGGCUGCCCGGCGACCGCGCACUUCUGGCCAUCCCUGUGCGCCCUGUCCGCCAUGCCCCACCACUGCGCAUUGCUCACCUGGGUCCUCUUCCCCCUCCUCGGGCUCGGGGCGGCUAGGGAAGAGGACUGCUCCCUCCCCAUCGUGCCCCGGAAAGAGUGGCAGGCCCUCCCAUCGCUGUGCACCCAGUCCCUGUCCCAGCCUGUGCGCUACGUGGUGGUGUCACACACUGCGGGCAGCACAUGCAACAGCCCUGCCCUGUGCGAGCAGCAGGCCCGGAACGUGCAGUUCUACCACAAGCAGAAGCUGGGCUGGUGCGAUGUGGCCUACAACUUCCUGAUUGGAGAGGACGGGCUCGUGUAUGAGGGCCGAGGCUGGGACAUCAAGGGCGACCACUCGGGCCGCCACUGGAACCCCAUAGCCAUUGGCAUUACCUUCAUGGGCAACUACAUGGAGCGCUUACCCCCGACCCGGGCCCUCCGGGCGGCCCAGAGCCUGCUUGCUUGCGGGGUGGCCAAAGGAGCCCUGAACCCCAACUACGAGGUCAAAGGCCACCGGGACGUGCAGCAGACGCUCUCCCCUGGCGAUCAGCUCUACCAAAUCAUCCAGACGUGGCCUCACUACCGCGAGUGAGACCCUGCUGUCAGCAACCCCUUCCUCUCCCACCACCAUGGAAAACCCCACUGUCACCUCCUCCAAUAAAGGUGCAGCUCAAA